AUGACAGGCGCAACGAUCUACGAAGUCACCACCACCACCGCCGCCAAAGUCAAACGCAAGGCUCGUAAAUCUCAACUGCCCCCGCCUCGCAACGUUAACGCUCAACCACCCCCGACCUGCCCACGAUGUCGACGGACGUUCCGGGCACAAAUCGGUCUCAUUGGACAUCUUCGUACCAACUGCAGCACCCAGGCGACACAGCCCGAUGUCCCCCCGGUCCGCCUCUGCUUCGUCUCCAGGCCGGCAAUCAAAACUGACCAUACUCCUGAACCCCCACAGUCAUCCUCUUCCACCGCCUCAAUAUCCACUGCGACGGCUCCUGCACCCACCGCCACUGCACUCAAUCCAAACAAGCCGACAAACAUCAACCUCAACACCGCCAAAACCAGAGAUGUGGACUCGGUCCAUACCUGUCCUCAUUGUGAUCGCACCUUCAUCCCACACAUCGGCCUGGUCGGUCAUUUGCGAAUCCCUCGCACAGAGACUGUCAAACCAGUGCCUGGAGCACCCACCUAUACCCACCUCACUCGCCUCCACUGCCCACACUGCCCUCGCACCUUCACGCAUCGCAUGGGCCUACUAGGUCAUAUGCGUGUUCACGAGAGUGACAUAGACCGCCGUCCCGAUUCACCCACCACGCCAAACCCCACACCCGACUCAUCACCCUGUGCGCCCACCACCCUUUCCGCAACUGACAUCGACUUCACUUGCCCACGCUGUCCACGCACAUUCACCUCUCGCAUCGGCCUGGUCGGUCACUUGCGAAUCCAUCGCACAGAGACUGGCGAACCAGUGCCUGGAGCACCCACCUAUACCCACCUGAACCCCCACAGUCAUCCUCUUCCACCGCCUCAAUAUCGACUGCGACGACUCCUGCACCCACCGCCACUUCACUCAAUCCAAACACCCCGACAAACAUCAACCUCACCACCGUCCAUACCUGUCCUCAUUGCAAUCGCACCUUCACCCCACACAUCGCCCUGGUUGGUCAUUUGCGAAUCCAUCGCACAGAGACUGGCGAACCAGGGCCUAGAUCAACAUACAUCCGGCGCAACCGCCUCAACUGCCAUCACGGCACCCGCAUAUUCACCCACCGCAUGA